AUGGAAUAUUGUUAUAAUUGUAAUGAUUACACCGAUGAUUGUUACUGCUCAAGAUAUGGAGAUAGCUGCGCUACAUAUGAUGGCAUUUUAUAUGAGGACUCAUACGAUCAAAAUUGUCAAUAUUGUUUCGCAGGGGCUUCUUAUGGCGAUAAUUACUGCCCAACAUGCGGCGCUGCCUUCGGUACAGUAGCUACAGUAGAAGAGUCCUCAUACGAAAUAGUCUCAUACAAAAUUAAAGAAUCAGCAGAACCAUUGAUUGAAUAUGUUGAUAAAAAUGGUGGUAAAGCUGAAGUGAGUGCGCAAGUAGGAAAUCGUAAAAUAACUGCUACAUAUAGUCAAGAAGCUACAGAAAUUUCAUUUACUUCAUAUACUCCUGAAAUUGACUACGAUACAGAAGAUUAUACUCCUGAAAUUGACUACGAUACAGAAGAUUAUACUCCUGAAAUUGAAUACGAUACAGAAGAUUAUACUCCUGAAACUGACUUCGGUACGGUAGCUGAGUCCUCUUCAUUAAUUUCGAUCGAAGAAUUCGCAGACACCAUUAGAAAAUCAGCUGAGGUAACGGUCGAAUUUGCUGAACUUCAUGGUGGUAGUGUUAAAGUAAUUACGCAAUUAGAUGGUGUUGAAAUAAUUACUUCAUAUACCCCAUAA